AAAGGCCGAUAAUCGAUACCAAUAAGGGGGUCUCGAAUUAAGGUACCAAAACCUAAAUAUUUUGCAACUAAUAAAAUCCUUUUGAGAUGAUGACAGGUUAAUAACCAAUCCUCUCGCUCACUUUUGACGGCCCAUUCAGUGGAAAUUGGCCAAAAACCUACCAAUUCAAAAAGAAACCAUGACGAUUUGAUGCUGAGGUGGUUCGAGGACUUCCACUAGACUACAAAGAGAGGCUAAUGGUUCACGCCAAGCGCCCAAGAGAGUAGGCAGGGUGCCACGCCAAGCGCCCGGGAGGGGUAGGCAGGGUGUCACUCCAAGCACUAAAGGGUAGGCAGGGUGAACAUUGCACACUUUGGUAAGUCAAAAUUGCAGAGAAAGGAUAAUGGUUCACGCCAAGUGCCCAGGAGAGUAGGCAAGGUGCCACGCCAAGUGCUUAGGAGGGGUAGGCAGGGUGUCACGCCAAGUGCUAAAGGGUAGGCAAGGGUGAAUGCUGCAUGCUUUGGCAAGUCAACAUUGUAGAGAAAAGGUAAUGGUUCAUGCUAAGCACCCGGGAAAGUAGGCAGGGUGCCACGCCAAGCGCUUGGGAGGGGUAGGCAGGGUGUCACGCCAAGCGCUAAAGGGUAGGCGGGUGAACGCUGCAUGCUCUGACAAGUUAAUCUUGAGGAGAAGGAGUAAUAGUUUACGCCAAGCACCCAAAAGGGAAGUAGUGUGCCACGCCAAGCGCCCGGGAGGGGUAAGCAGGAUAAACGUUGUAUGCUCUGUGUCGAGGGGAAGAAAACGAUGAGAAGUCCCUUUCAACCAUGUUACUCAGGAAGUUCAUAGAGGGGUACUUGGGGAGAACUGCUCCUUUGACAAAACGAAGAAUGGUAAAGGGUGGAACUGGACAGAGAAGUGUUAGGAAGCCUUUGAUGACUUUAAUGAUGCUAUGAUGAAAGAUCCGAUACUCACUCUUUUGGAACCCUUUGAGAUGUAGGAUUUAUACUUGUGGUUUUAGACAGGGUUUCAAAAUAUGAUACUUAUAUACCUGCACCGAAAUAGUGUUCGACAAAGGAGAUGACAUAACUAUUAUUCAAGAAUGUUGCGAAGUAUUGGGGUGGUCCCUAAGAUAUUGUCAGCGACCGAGACUAAAGAUUUAUCGACAAAUUUUGCAUAGAACUUUUUAGAAUCCUUAGUUUGCAGCUUGACAUCUCUUCGAGCUAUCAUCCACUGACAAAUGGAAAGACGAAGAGAUUUCAUAAACUACUGGAAGAGUACUUGCGUCAUUUUGCCAAUGCCAAAUAGAAGAAUUGGGUGCAACUACUUGAUAUGACUCAGUUUUGUUUCAAUGCCCAAAAGCGCUCAACAACCAACAAAAGUCCUUUUCAGCUCAUUACAAGCCAACAGUCAUAGUUACCUCGCACAGUGGAUGAGCCAUACAGAGGAAAGAGACCAAAGAUGGAGAGGAGAUCCUUGUAGACAAGUAGUUAACGAUGGAGGUUUCCAACAACAACAGUUAGGAGACGACAGAAAGCCUCUAGCAUGCCACAUAGAAGAUUCAAGACACUUCUGCCACAUAGACGACAAAAAACCUCUAGGAAGUUGACGAGGUCAUCAAUUCUUGAGCAUCUUUACACCAAUCCCAUUAAAUUUGUUUCCCUUGAAUUAGGAAAUAACUGGACCUUGACCUUGAGUGAAGUGGGAGGAGUGAGCAUGUGGAUGGCAAAGCUUCAGACACUUCUAAUCUUGUGUUUUUAUGUAGUUCCCAUCUCAAGGGUACCCUUCGUGGCAGUUGACAUCAUAGCAGCAAAUCAUUCAAUUAAAGAUGGUGAAACCAUAGCUUCAGCUGAGGGAAGCUCUGAAAUGGGAUUUUUCAGCCCUAGCAAUUUAAAGAACCGAUACUUCGGAGUAUGGUACAAGAAAAUUCAAAAUGACCCAGUUGUUUGGGUUGCAAACGGAGAUGCACCGUUACCGAUUCAUCUGGAAUUUUGAAGGUGAAUGAGCUGGGAAUUCUAGGCUUCUAGCCAUUUUUAACCAUACCAACCACAAAAUUCGGUGUUUGAAUACAUCAAGAUCUGCAUGGGAUCCAGUUGCUCAGCUUUUGGACUCAGGAAAUUUAGUAGCGUGGAAUAGAAAUGAAAGCAAGCUGGACAACUUCCUCUGGCAAAGUUUUGACUAUCCAUGUCAUGCUUUUCUGCCACACAAUAACAGAGCAGGAUUGGUACCUAUCAUUGUGGAACAUCAGUGAUGAACCAUCUCAAGGUGAAUAUACCUCCUUGACACUAGUGGAUUUCCACACGCACUUCUGAGGGACAGAUUCAGUUGUGCAGUUUAGAUCAGACCCAUGGAAUGCUGUGAAAUUUAGUGAGUUUACACAGCAAAGAUCAAAUCCAGUUUUUAGAUAUGGCUUUGUUUUUAAUGAGAAGGAGAUGUCUUACUUUUAUGAGCUUCUUAACAGCUCAAUGGUUUCCAAGAUGGACUUAUCUCCAAAUGGAAUUAUGCAGCAAUUGGUAUGGGUAAACCAAGCUUUCAAUUGGACUGUUUAUGCAUAUUUGAAGGCUUAUAAUUGUGACAUGUAUGCAUUCUAUGGUGCUUAUGCUAUCUGUGAGAUUACCAACAUGCCACCAUGUGAGUGUUUGAAAGGGUUUUUGCCAAAAGGCCCAAAAUAUUGGGACACAGCAGAUUGGUUUAGUGGGUGUGCUCAAAGGACACCCUUUGGGUUGCCACAACAGAGAUGGGUUUGUAAAGCAUUCCAGUGUGAAGGUACCAGACACAAUUCCUGGUUUAAUGAGAGCAUGAACCUUGAGGAAUGGAAGAGUUUGUGCCUUGACAACUGCUCAUGUACAACUUACACAAAUACAGAUAUUAGAGCAGGAGGAAAUGGAUGCUUGCUCUGGUUUGAUGACCUGAUUGAUAGAAGGCAGUUUCCUGAAAAUGGGCAAGAUCUCUACGUAAGGAUCGCUGCAUCAGAACUAGAUCCUGAUGAGAAAACGGAGCUUAACACUAGUUCCAAUGUGAAGAAACAAACAAGGAUCAUAGCCAGCUGUGUGUUAAUUACAGCAAUGCUGCUCCUUGGCUUCGACAUAGUCUUCUAUUGCAAGAAAAGAAAGAAUCAAAUUAGACAAGAUGCUGGAAGCAUGUUGCUGGAUUGGCCUAAGCGUUUCCACAUUAUCAACGGAAUUGCUUGUGGCUUUGGUGUUUUAGUGCUAGAGAUGCCGUGUGGGGAGAGAAACAGAGGAUUUUGUCAUCCUGGCAACCACCAUAGCUUGCUUGGGCAUGCAUGGACACUCUUCAUGGAAGGAAGGUCUUUAGAAAUGAUUGAUGCAUCAAUAGGGGGCUCCCACAGUGUUUUGAAGUGUUACGUUCGGUCCAUGUUGGUCUUUUUAUGUGCUCAACAGCAUCCUGAAGAUAGGCCAAGCAUGCCAUCUGUGAUUCUGAUAUUUGGCAGUAACGGUGCAUUGUCUCAUCCAAAACAGCUAGGUUUUUUUGCCGAAAGAAACAUAAUUGAAGCUGAUAUUUCUUCAAGCAAGUAUGAACAAGAUUCGGCAAAUGAACUCAGCAUUACUUUAUUACAGGCUCGAUAUAAGCCGGAAGAAGCUUACCGCCGGGGGACUGCUGGAACUGGUGAGGGUGGCCGGUUGCAGACGGUGGUGCUGCUGUCGUGGUGGAGAAGGGCUCGGCUGUGCAGCAGAAGGUCUGGAGUGGUUGGCGGAGGUUGCUGUGCUGCCGUGGGGCUUGGCUGCGGCUGUGGUGCCUAG